AUGUCCUACUACGGCGAAUCCCGCGACUACUACGGCGAACGCCCGCCCUACGAGCAAUGGGAGCCGUCCGCCCGCCGCGCCUUCUACGUCGAGUCCGCCACCGGCCGCGCCGAGUGGACGCUCCCCGCUGACGUGUCGUACGGCGAGGCCUCGCGCGCCGCCCCGGGCCCCGAGUACGGCUAUGCGUCUCCGCCUCCCCCGCCCGCAGCGUACCCGCCUCAGGGGUACGGUGCGCCUGCGCCUGCGCCUGGCGGAUACCCGGCCCAGGGGUAUGGGGGUGAGUACCAGGCGCCCGAGGAGAAGGAGAAGAGCGACAAGGGGAAGAUCCUUGCUGCGGGGGCGGCGGGGCUGGCGAUUGGGGCGGUUGGCGGGGCGAUUCUGGGGCAUGAGCUUGCUGAGGAUAGUGAGGAGGAGGAGGAGCACCACUCGCAUCACUCGGAUGAUGAGCCUCACUACUCGGAUUACGAUGAUUAA